CACAGUGUGCUUCCUGCUCCAUCAUUACUCCAACGUUUUACACAUUUUAAUGGUCUAAUGUGAAAUCCAUGGGCGCUCUAGGACCGUAUCUCACGAUUAAAGCCAGAAAAGCUGGCUGACAGCUGCAGCAGUGAGGGAGACAACAGCCCUCAUAUAUUGAAACAUACAGAGGCGGUCUUGGCAGAAAACUGGACUAGAAGUAUAUCUGACUAUUCAGUGAGGGGGGAGCCUCAAUGCCCAAAGGCAGCCCUGUUGUCCCCACGUCAGCCUCUGGCUCCCACCAUCUGUGCACCCCUGCAGCCCCAGGAGCCAGCAGCCGCUGCCCCACGCCGCAGAACUGAAAGCUGCUCCAUCCUGGGCUCCUGCACUGCUCCUACCAAAGAGUGUGCCACUGGUCAAGGAGGAGGAGGAGGCUGAAGCAGAGCCGAGCUGGGAGCUACAAAGCCUUCUGUUUGUCUCAAAUUCUGUUCUGUAACUGGCAGCUGCCCAUUCGACACCUGAAUAUCACCAAGCUCAGCCUUCUCCACAAGCGAUGGAAUAAACCUCUUGAAAACUCCCGAGCCUGAGAGAGGACGAGGACAAGGUAGAAGGAGAAGGUGACCGGGGCUAACUAAGAGAGUAGAGGCUUUCUGCUGUCCAAAGGUAUCUGAGAUGAAUCCCACAAGCCAGUUCCUUGCCACAACAGAAUAUGAAUAUGGAUAUGAGGAAAACACUGCUCCGUGCAAUGAAGGCAACCAGUUUCGCAGAUUUAAAUCUCUCUUUUUGCCAAUCCUUUACUGCCUUGUAUUUGUCUUCUGCCUUCUGGGAAACUCCUUGGUCCUUUGGGUUCUCCUGACCAGGAAAAGGCUGACAACAAUGACUGACAUCUGCCUGCUGAACCUCGCAGCAUCCGAUCUCCUCUUUGUGGUGCCUCUCCCUUUCCAAGGCCACUACGUGUCAGACCAGUGGGUUUUUGGCAACGCUAUGUGCAAGAUAAUGGCUGGCAUUUAUUACAUAGGUUUUUAUAGCGGCAUUUUCUUCAUAACCCUCAUGAGCGUAGACAGGUAUAUAGCAAUUGUCCAUGCUGUCUAUGCCAUGAGGAUUCGGACAGCCUCUUGUGGCAUAAUUAUCAGUUUAAUCCUGUGGCUGGUGGCUGUCUUGGCUUCUGUACCCAACAUCAUGUUCAACCAGCAGCUGGAAAUUGAGCAGUCUGUGCAGUGUGUCUCCACAUACCCACCAGGUGACAAUACCUGGAAGGUUGCUUCUCAGUUUGCAGCCAAUAUCUUAGGCCUCUUGAUUCCCCUUAGCAUCCUUAUUUACUGCUACUCCCAGAUACUGAAAAACCUGCAAAAAUGCAAAAAUCGGAACAAGAUCAAAGCAAUCAAGAUGAUUUUUAUCAUCGUCAUUGUUUUCUUCCUCUUCUGGACUCCCUUCAACAUCGCACUGUUCCUAGACUCCCUGCAGAGCCUGCACAUCAUCAAUGACUGCAAGGCGAGCUACCAGAUAGCCCUGGCCCUGCAGCUGACGGAAACAAUCUCCUUCAUCCACUGCUGCCUGAACCCCGUGAUCUACGCCUUUGCUGGAGUAACAUUCAAGGCCCAUCUUAAAGGACUACUUCAGCCCUGUGUCCGUGUCCUCUCCAGCCCAGACAGAGGCGUUGGAGCUGGUCAAUCAUCUUCAGCACACAGCCAGCUCUCUGGCUGCUCUGACAGCACAGCAUUCCUGUGAGCCCACCUGAGCUGCCUUCUUCUGGUGCAAGAAGUUGGCCUAAGCUCUGACAUGGCCCUGGAGGUGGUACCACAGGCACCAUCCUCUUGGGAGGGUCAGUAUAUCUAUUCCUUCUUUUGGCAUAUACGGUGAACUAUGGCACAGCAGGUGGCAAUGUGAGUUUCCUGAGAGCACCAGUGUGUUGGUAAGAUGGUUACCCUGCAAGUUUGCCAUGGAAUUGUUUUCAGUUAUGUCUUAGGGCACUUUUAAUACAUUUCAGCAUUCAGGGUGCUUCCUCUAGUACUUAUUUUCUCCUCUCAUGAAAGCAUUGCUUCUGCCUCAGCCUCGAAUACGCUCUGCCUUGCAGAAGCUGUUCCAUGCCUGAAUCCCUGCAUCCCUGGGACAGGUGCAAGACGCCUGUCUGGGAGCUCGGAAGGGGAUAGGUGUGGGGUUACUUCACAUUGCAAAGAGGGAAUCACCUCAGCCACUGUCACCAUUCCUCUUUUGCUUCAGCUCCCAGAUGAAGAAAUCCCUUAGCUCAGGGUCAUGUUGCUUUGCUGUAGGAUGCUCCCAGGGGCAUGACCAGGUGGUUCAUGGACCUGCUGCCACCCAAAGGAGCCUUUGGUGGUGAUGCCUUCAAAAACAGCAGAGCAACACCUCCAGGUGCCCCCUAUGCCCAUCACUCGUAGGGGGCCAUACACUUGCAUGUGUCUCUGUCAAAGCAGCCUGACAGUCUGUGUCACCACUCGAGGUGUGGGCCACCACAGCUCCAGCUCUGUGCCCCAGAGCUUGCUGUUAAAUCUUAACCCCACAAAAUGGCAUGUAGCACAUAGGCUCUGUCUCUUUUCAGUCAUCACUAUUUUCUGCCAUUUUAGAAAUGUUUUCUUUGAAUAAAUAUAUUAACUGCAUCUUUUUAUGUCUUGGCUCCUGAAAGUCUUCCUAAUGACUCACAAACACAGAUUAGAAUAAGGAAAGGAUGUUUUUACUGAUUUUGGGGCUGGUAUCACGUAAUAUAUGUCUGAUGGAACUGACGGGCACCCCUGAAUCUCUUCAGCAAAGUAAGUCUUGUUUCCACUUUCCUGCUGAGAAAGAUUUGUUCUCUAAAUCCCAAUAAAAUUUCACAGUGAAAAAAUAACAUUUAUGUUGAGGUAAUAUUACUGUAGACAAAAUUUUUUAAGUUAAACAAGAGACUACCUGAAACCAGGAAAAACGCCACCUGGGUAUUGUCAAAGAUUGCGUUUUCUAGGCUAAUAAAAAUAUUGUAUGUUUUCUUAGUUCUGCCUUUUCUUAUGAAAAUAUAAUUGCAUCUUUUGAUGUUUCUGAAAUAUUUCAAAUACAUUCCUAACCUCAGUGCAAAAAAUCUUCUUGCCAUUAGCUACAUAGUAUAGAAAACACUUAUUUCAUUUAUGAUCGUGUGAUUAACAUUUUUAGGUUUUAUUCCUCAGUGGAUAAGAAAUACACUGCAGCUAAAUUAUCAUGUUGUUUUAUUUCUCAGUAGACUUCUAUGUAUCUUGAAAUAAAAAUCUCUGUUUGGGUAUCUCUGUGGGGUUCUUGUACUGUUCAGGCACUUUAAUGACUGAAAAGAAAUAUGGGCCAGCAUCUCAGGUCAGAUAUCUUCCACUGUGGCUAGAACUUUGGAGUUUGGAUAAAAUUGUUUCUCUUUAAAAUGUACUGUGACAUUUACUAUCAUCUUACCUGCUGAUGUUUCAGAUGAAAAUGGAAGGGAGAAGAAACAGAAGUUACGUAUAUAUAUUAUUUUUUAAAUUGCUAUUUUGGGAAGCAGGGAAGACAGAAAUGUUUUCUGGCCAGCUCUCACACUCUGACACUUACCCAACAUGCUACAUCACUGCAGCUUAGACAGCCCAAAACUAGUCAGCCAGGAGCCAAGUGUCAGACAACUGACACUGAUCAAAGAGAGAGCCCCAGUCCAAUCCAGACUGCAGGAGACUCACAGCCCCAAGGAGCUGCCUUCAAGGAGAUAACUGUAUCUGUCAAGAGUCUCCUGCACUUUUUAGGCCUCUAGAUUUCAUACCCAGCAGCUUUUUCGGCUUUUUUAUUUUUCCUGAUUGAAAUAGGACACAUGUGAAACAGCAAGUUGCUCUGAUCAUUUGUUUUUAUUAGCAGUUGUUUAAAAACAGACCAAAAUCAAGUGUCCUGGUUUCAGCUGGGAUGGAGUUAAUUUUCUUCCUAGUAGCUGAUAUAGUGCUGAGUUUUGGAUUUAGAAUGAGGAUAAUUAUGAUAACACACUGAUGUUUUGGUUGUUGCUGAGCAGUCAAGGCCUUUUCAGCUUCUCAUACCACCCCACCAGUGAGUAAGUUGCAGGUGCAUAAGGGGCUGGGAGGGGACACAUCUGGGACAGCUGACCCCAACUGGACAAAGGGAUAUUCCAGACCAUAUGACAUCAUGCUCAGCAUAUACAACUGGGGGAAGAAGAAGGAAUGGGGGGAUGUUCAAAGUGAUGGAGUUUGUCUUCCCAAGUAACUAUUAUGCAUGAUGGAGCCUGGCUUUCCAAGAGAUGGCUUGAAUAUCUGCCUGCACAUGGGAAGUGGUGAAUGAAUCCCUUGUUUUGCUUUGCUUCUGCACGCGGCUUUUGCUUUACCUAUUAAAUUGUCUUUAUCUCAA